AUCACCAAUAAACUAGGAAGAAAAAAAAAAAUCUCUUGGUCACAUGAACAAAGCCAGCAUGGGAACCUCUUCCUUGCUCCACAUAUUCCUCAUCCUGGCCCUUCUAUUGGGCCUAGCCAAACCGGACCCAGACUCACUUCAAGAUUACUGCAUUGCAGAUACAAAAUCUUCUUUGUACUUGAAUGGUGUACCAUGUAUCAACCCAAACCUGGCAACUACUGCUCAUUUCACCACUUCAGCUCUUGCCAAGCCUGGGAACACUCGAGCCAACACUUUUGGUUUCAAUGUCACACUCACCACUGUCGCUAAUUUACCAGGGAUAAACACCUUGGGCCUGUCCCUGGCCCGGGUUGAUAUAGCGGGGAAUGGAAUCGUGCCACCUCACUCGCACCCGCGGGCCUCCGAAGUAACCAUUUGCCUUAAGGGUUCAAUCCUUGUGGGCUUUGUUGAUACUUCAAAUCGUUUGUAUACUCAACAGUUGCGGCCCGGGGAAUCAUUUGUGUUUCCAAAAGGAUUAAUCCACUUUCUGUUCAACGUCGACUCUUUAAACCCAGCACUAGCUAUUUCUGGAUUUAGCAGCCAAAAUCCUGGAGCCCAAGUAGCUUCUCUUGCAACUUUCAGGUCAAAUCCCUACAUCCCAGAUGACGUUGUGAAGAAAGCAUUUCAAAUCACCACCCAAGAUGUCAUGAAGAUCCGCAAAAACCUUGGAGGAUAAUUACAUUGUGAGCAAGAGUCUGUGACCAUUGAAUUGGACGACUCAGCUUUGUGUACAAUGCAAGCGAGCACAUUUAUUAUAUAUUGGUCAGUUCUUAGAGACCAUAACAUAUUUCUUA